GUGGACUCAGCCCAGGGUGGAACGUGGUAAGUCGGACGCUGUGUGGAGCCAGGGAAGGCUUCAGCGGGGGAAGCCUGGGUUGAGCGGACUGUGGCUGCUUUAUAGGUAUCAGAGAAGGCCCCCUUCUGGUUCGAAGGACGCUGAUGGCUUUUGAGCAGACAGUCAAAAAGGAUUGGUAUAGCAUUCUAGGGGCAGACCCAUCUGCAGAUGUGUCAGACCUAAAACAAAAGUAUCAGAAACUCAUAUUACUGUAUCAUCCAGAUAAACAAAGUGCAGAUGUGCCAGCAGGAACCAUGGAGGAGUGUGUGCAGAAGUUCAUUGAAAUUGAUCAGGCAUGGAAAAUUUUAGGGAAUGAAGAAACCAAGAAAAAGUAUGACCUGCAGCGGCAUGAAGAUGAGCUAAGAAAUGUGGGGCCGGUAGACGCACAGGUGCACCUUGAAGAGAUGUCCUGGAACAAAGAUGAGGAGUCUUUCUCUCUGAGCUGUCGAUGUGGUGGGAAGUACACUGUCUACAAAGAUGAAGCACAAGAAGCAAACCUUAUUUCCUGUGAUACGUGCUCACUGAUUGUGGAACUCCUUCAUCAGAGCUGAGCUGAGUGUUCAUCCCUGGGAUGCUUUAACUACAAGGAGAAGGAUGCUUUUUGUUAUUAGCUGUAUAAUUUGUGAAGAUGAUGAAAUCUUCAAGCAAAGACCACCAGAUUAACAAAUAAAUUCAGUUGUUUAUAUAUCUAAAAUGUAAAUUAUAGGAUAUUACAAAAAAGGACUUGAAUAAUAUUUUUGCAUUCUUAGCUAACAACUUUUGUUUUCUCUUUGGUACAAACCAAUUAUUUCCCUUUUGAAAUAUAAGUAUCUUUUUCAAAAAUCA